AUGGCCAACCUCAACCUCACCCUCCCCGCCACCUGCCCAGCCCUGCACCAAGGCGACGACACCAACUGGUCCAACGCCUCCUUCGCCCUCUACACCCUCGUAACCCUUACCCCCUCCGACCUCGACACCCUCACAACCACCCUAAGCCACGAAUGGAAACAAACAACGACCUCCGGCGCCACAUCUCUCGUCCGCACCCCACCACUCCACAACUACGCCGGCCAAAACCUCCAAGCCAUCGUGCAAGCGCACAUCGAACUGGACAAGGAAUUCGUGCCGCGGGAGGAUGGUUCCCAGCGGGGCGAUCUCCAUUGGUUCCCGACGGCGUUUCUGGUGGUGACGAGUCGGGAGUGGAAGGAAAGGGGAUUGUUGUUUGUGUAUGUGGAUACGGGGCUGGAGAACUGUCCGUUGGAGAGGUUUUGGUUUGCGGUGGACGAUGCGUAUGGGAUGUUGGUGGGGUUGAGGGUGGGGGAGGUUACGCCUGCGCGGUGUAGGGAGUUUUUUGAUUUGGAGGUGAAGGGGGAGAUUGGGGGGGAAAGAGUAGGGGGGAAGGUGGGUUUGAGUUGA